AGCACAGUCAACAUGCCUCGAGGUCAGAAGAGUAAGCUCCGAGCCCGUGAGAAACGCCGCCAGGCCCGAGAGCAAAACCAGGGUUCCCAAGGUGCUCAAGAUCCUGCAUCAGAAAAAGAAAAAUCACCCUCAUCCUCUGCUGCUGGUCUUCAGAGCACUAACCCCGGCCCCGGUGCUGUGGGAGGUCCCCAGGGGCCACAGAGAGCCCAAGCCACCAGCUCUCUUGCUGCAGCUGUGAGCUCAGAUAAAGGUGUCAAGUGCCCAGAGAAGCAAAGGCCAGAUGUCUCCAGAUUGUUCGUCCUGGAACAGGCCACACAAGAUCCUCUGAACCGGAUGGUGAACAUGCUGGUGCACUACCUGCUGUACAAGUACAAGACGAAAGAGAUCAUUUUUAAGGCAGAUAUGCUGAAGGUCAUCAACAGAAAGUAUAAGAAGCACUUCCCUGAAAUCCUCCAGAAAGCCAUUGAGCGCACAGAGCUGAUCUUUGGCCUCGACCUGAAGGAAAUUGGCCCCUCUGGUCACUCGUAUGUCCUCGUCACCAAGCUGGGUCUUUCUAGCCAGGAAAGUGUGAGUGAAGGUUGGAGCUUCCCCAAGAAUGGGCUCCUGAUGCCGCUCCUGGGUGUGAUCUUCAUAAAUGGCAACAAUGCUGCCGAGCAGGAUGUGUGGCAAUUCCUGGGUAUGUUGGGGGUGUUUGAUGGCAAGGAGCACUUCAUCUUUGGGAAUCCCAGAAAGUUCAUCACCAAAGAUCUGGUGCGAGAAGGGUAUGUGGUGUACCGCCAGGUGGCGGGUAGCACUCCUCCCCGCUAUGAAUUCCUGUGGGGUCCCAGAGCCUAUGCUGAAACCAGCAAGAUGCAAGUCCUGAAGUUUUUGGCCAAGCUCAGCAAUACGGAUCCCAGCAGCUACACAGACCUCUAUGAAGAAGCGCUGAAAGAAGAGGAAGAGCAAGCCCAAGCCAGAAGUGCAGCCAGAGCUAGCAGAGCUCUUGCAGCUGAGGCGAGAGGCCGCAAACCCUCCCAGCAGUAG